AUGGACACCGAUGUCAAUCCAAAUCCAGAAACCCUCUUCCGCCCAGUAAAACGGCGCAAGUUCCUACGCCGCCGCCCCGAAGCACCCCGAGAUGAACCUCAAGCCGACAGCAGCUCCCCAGCUCCAUCACAACCACAACCCCAAGACGAAACCCAAGCCAGCGACGGCGUCCACCCGACCGAUAUCGCCCGCCUACGACGGCUCCAGCGCGCCCGAAAAGGCGGCAUCGAAUUCUCCGCCACCUCGCGACAAGCCGCGGAGCAUGCGAGCAAGAACGCGCUGUCGACAGCAAGCGCCGACGAGAUCGAGUCGGAGCGGAUCCGUGCCAUGUGCGACCGCUUCACCGGCCACACGGGCCAAACCGUCGAUGUCGAUAGACACAUGAUGGCCUAUAUAGAAUCCGAAAUGGCUAAACGAUACCGGCACAACAACGUGCCCACAGACUCCGUUGAACCGGACCCUUCGGCUGCCGACGACGCCGGCGGCGGCGGCGGCGGCGGCGGCGGCGCGCCACCCUCGUCCGAUCUCCUGCUACGCGAGCCCGCGUCGAUGGGGAAGCUCCACGAGAUCGACCUGGGACAGGAAGCACGGCUGCAUAAUAUCGCGCGCACAGAGGAGGCGACGAAGAGGCUUGUGCGUGACGAGGCGGACGUUUCCUCCGCUGACGACAAGGCACCGUCGACAGAGAAGACCGAUAAGCCGUGGCGUGGCCGGAAACGGCGCACAAGCGAGGAUAUCAAACGAGACCGGCUUGUGGAAGAGGUCUUACGGGAGAGUAAAUGUGAGUGGCUUUGCUUCUUGGGGGCUACUGGCCUUGUUCCGUCGCUAACGGUCGAUGCAGUGGAUGUAUAUGACGAGCCAGAAGAGGAAGAUAUGGCUAUGAGUGGAGACGACCAAGCUGCCGACGAUAGAGUUGCGGAGCAGUUCCGGAGAGAUUUCCUCGACGCUAUCCAGUCCCGGCGUCGCAUCGCACGGGCGAAGACAACUACGACCUCCAAGACCGCUAAGCCGGAAGCACCAAAGGGGCCGAAGCUGGGAGGCAGUCGCAGUGCGAGAGCCGCGAUGCGCGAGAUGCAGGAGAAGUCAGCACGAAAGUGA